AUGUCUCAAUAAGAGUAAAAGGUCGCUAAGUAUCCAAACUCAUUCUUGUUUGGAGCAACUUUUUUCGCUACACUCUAGGGUGUUAUUAGAAUCUCAACUCAUGAGACUCUCUCAGCAAGACCCUUCUCAUACUUGACCUGCGCAUUUUUCGGAGGCUUAGGUAUCUGGUAUUAUGACUACUUUAGAAGAAGAGCACUUGAGGAAGUUCUUUAUUCAGAAGAGAGAAGAAGAUAUAGCUAUCAACUCAAGGGUAUGGAGAAAAUUAGAAUUGGUUAAGAACACGAAAUUGUUAAUAUGGUUGAUUAUCUUAACAACUCAACUUUAUAUCUACUUUUGGAAUUCUCAGAAGAAUAAGAGGGGAUAGAGACAAAAUUAAAGUAGUUGAUAAAUACAAUGUUAAUCCCGCGCAGAGAUCAGAAUUCAAGGAGUACAUUAGUCAAGGAUUUAAAAAAAAUAACAGGCCAACUAAUAAUAAAGAUCUCCUAACAAAAGGAAACAAUGAGUGGUUCUGGAAACUUUAUGAAGCAGAUGAUUUUGAGGUUUAAAAAACAUGUGGGACAGACGCGGCUUUAUAUCUUUGCUUCCUCAGAUAAUGCUCAAUCCUAUUUUUUAUCAGUAUAGACUAAAACAUAUUUUAAUGCAUUUUUAGUUGCCAUUUGUAGUAAUUCAAUUUUACUACCAUUGUUUUUGACAUCUAAGGAUUAAAAUCACGAGGUAAUUGCAGCAUCGUAAUCAUCCUCAUUGGAAAGACUUACAUUAAUAAAUGCUUAAGAAAGAUAUUCUAUGGUUUGGGUGGUUUUUUUCUUCACUAUACUUUACAGCCUUCUAGGGCAUAUUUUGCUUUAUUAUUUCGAUGAAAAAAGAAAAGCCCUUUAAGUUCAAAUUCAUGAUGAUAAGACUGUAUUAACAGAAUUAGAAAUAUCAAAUCAUUCAGUCUUACUAAGAGGAAUCAAUAAAAACAUUCCUAUCAGAUAUGCAUAGAUGUUUAUAGAUCAUAUUUUCAAUGGUGUUAGCUGUAUAGAAGGAAAAUUAGUUAGAACUUAUGUAGUAGGAGAUUAUAUGAAAAUGCUAUAGUACUUAAAAAAACUGGAUAGAAUGUGGAGAAAAAAGGAAUACUAUAUGAAAAUUUAUAGAGAAAAACAUUUGGACACUAAAAAAUAAAAAGGUAUUUUAUGCUUUAAAACCUAUGGUUCUUCUUUAAAAGAUUAUUAUGCAUAGAAACCAUCUUUAGUUAAAGAAUAAAUGAAUUUGGAAAUGAAGAUUAAAUAAAAAAGGAACUUUGGUGUUGCCUUCAUAAUGAUUGACAAUACAUUAGAUGUCAAUGAUCUAUUGUCUGAUUUUAAUGAAUUAAAAAAAGAUAUUAAAGAAUGGGAUUCGUAAAUAACUGGACUUUAGAACAUGCUCCUUGUCCUUCUGAUAUAAUCUGGGAAGAUUUUAACAAGCGUAAUCAUUCAAAGCAUUAAUCCUUUCAUUAAGGAAUAUUACUCAAGUGACGCAGAUUAAUCAUCAUUUAUAAGUGCUUUGAUAUUGAAUUCGAUCACCCCUUUUAUUCUGAUGAUGUUUAACUAUAUCUUUAUACCGACUUUAGUAGGCUGGACUUCUUACUUUGAAGAAAUAGAAAACAUUUCCACAAGACAUAGGAAUAAUCUGUUUAAGCAAUUCUUGUUCAUGAUGAUAAAUACAGUAUUUAUUCCUAUUACUUAGACCACUACUAUCCUUAGUUUUCUUUAUUAUUUAAGGGAUAGAGACAUUGAUGAUCUAUAGAUUGAACUUUCUGAAAAAUUUCUAAAGACAUCUGAGUUCUUCUUGAAAUACAUUAUUCAGUGCACAUUUAUGACAAAUAUAGUUCAAAUACUAGAUAUUCCACAUUUUAUUUAUAUGAAACUAAAGAGAUUAUUUAUGAAAUCUAGAAACUACGAGUAAGAUGAAAUAGAGGAUGAUUGGUAUUUUGAUCUAGGCUAUCACUUUGCAUUCAGUAUCACAAUCUUCUCAGUUGUCUAUAUAUUCUCUGCUGCUGUUCCUCUGAUUCCACUAUUUGGCUUCUUAUUUUUUGCCUUUAAGUAUUAUAUUGACAAGUACAAUUUCCUCUUCGUUUACAAUAUGGAGGCAGAUUCAAGAGGAAAUUUAGGUUAAGCGGUUAUCAGAUAUAUAACUUUCGGUCUUUUGCUUUAUUAACUUAUUAUGUUCGGUCUCUUUACUUCUAUUUUUGGCAGAGAUUUCACUGUAGCUUCAAUAAUCUUACUUGUUGGAGAAAUUCUUUAUAUGAUAGUUUUUAGAAUAUUUAGUUUGUCAGAGUUAAGAGAGGCCUUUAAAUAGGUGCUAUAUGAAUAGGAAGAUGAAGAAGAAGAUGAAGAGGAUAACUUAAAAUAAAGAGAAAAAUUCUCAAAAUUGCUUAGUUCCAAAACUCUUGCUAGAAAGGAUAAAAAAUUUAAGGUUAGGUUAUCAGAUAAGAAUAUUGCUAUAAUUAAAGAUGCCUAUCUUCAUCCUUAUGAAAAAUACUAGAAAUAAGAAAAUGCCAAGAGAUUAUUAAAUGGGCUUAAAAAGGUCAUCAAAAUCAGAAAUACGAAAAAUACCCUUGAUUAAGCUGACUAAUUUGCGACAAAUUUUUCUAGAAAUAGAAGUAGGACAUUCAAUACUUCUAAAUCUUUCAACUCCAAUAGAAGCAGUUAUCCAAUCUAGAGAAAAUAUUCGAUGAUAAAAAGUGGUAGUGGUAAUUUUAAUUAAGAAAAUGAAAUUCCUAUAAGACUCAAAAAGGAUAAUAGUAUGCUCACAAAAAUUAUUGAAGAAGACUUAUGA